AAAAUCAAACAUAAGACAGCGACCAAUAGGAACACAAAGCCGCUGUUACGUCAUCGCGACAACGACGCAACACGAACUCCGCCAUGUCGCGUAGCCGACAUGACGCGAUAGCCAGUCAAACUCGAGCUCGAGUAACAACAAGGUGACGAGCGACAUUCUCACAAAUAUGUCUGAUAACAAAACCGUACAAUUAGUGAAAGCAAUCGAAAAGUUUCCAUGCCUAUACAACUACAAUAUGCCAGAAUACUUAAAAAAGGAUUUCAGUGAUAGAGCAUGGCAAGAAGUUGCUAGUCAAACUCAACUCGCGGUUGGUGAAUGCAAAGAGAAAUGGAAAAAUCUAAGGUACGGGUUGCUGCGAAGUUUAAAACUAAACCCAGAUGGAUCAGAAAAAAAGAAAUAUUAUUUGCACGAUGACAUGGAAUUCGUGCUACCAUUUAUCAGAACUUACAGAGCUGACCCUGUUGUUUUUCAACAAAUAGAUGCUGAAACAGAUGAAGAAAUGAAUGGUUAUAACGAUCAAGAUAACGAAAGUGCCCCACUGCAAAUUCAAUAUCAAGAAAUAGAAGUACCUGAGCCACCAAAAAAGAGGUCUAAAACAAACGACAAUUUUAUCAAAUAUUUGCAACAAAAGCAAAGUAAUAAUUCGAACAACAAUGAAGUGAGCGACGAUUCAAGAAAAAUGUUCUUAUUAAGUUUGUUGCCUGAAGUUAACGCAUUAACCGAAUGCCAAAUGAGAAUGUUCCGAAGAAAAAUUUUUACGCUGUUAGACGAAAUUGUAGAUAGUCCAAGUCAAUAUGAGAACUGUUUAUUUCAAUGGCAAAAAGAAUCUAUGAAUCAGGAAUCGCACAAAAGUUCGGACACAAUUAAACAGGAACCGCUAUGAUGUAUGAUAAAAGGAUAAAUUUGUUGUUAAUAUUAAUUUGAUUGUAUAUAAUUUUAUUGGAGUUGGGCUGGAAUACUAUGUAUUACUGUCGUAAAUUUUUAUUUCAUCAGCGCCAUCUAAUAUCAAAAAUACACAUCGACUCUCCUCCAAGAGAUGGCGUCCUGUUACCUGAGAGCAAACAGCACCACAUUGCUCAAUUUUGAUGUCUAGAGAGAUAUGU